ACAGUGCCUACUUUUAGACAUCUAUUUGACAAUUGACAUGAAGGGGGUGUAGUGUCAAAAAAAAAUCAAAGCUUUCUUCUUCCCUUAGCCCACUUACAUCUUUUAAUGUAAAGAGAAAAAAGAGAGGCUCCUCAAGUUGCUGAAUCUAUGUGGUUUAUAGAGUGAGUGAAAGUGAACAGCUCAAGGAAAAGAGAAAGAAACACUGGUCAAAAGCCAACAAAAGUCUCAUCUUUUUCUUAGCCGUAUUUUUGGGUUUUUAUGCAAAAGCAUUUUUCAGUCCAGGCUGCUAAGUGUCAGGCUAUUUUUUAUCAGCAAAAUGAUCACUUUCUGCAUGUUAGUUGGUUCCCAUGAAAAUGAAAGAAGACAAGUCUAGUUUUGAGUGUAAUAAAGGGUCUCUGAGAACCCAUUUGUUCUUUCUUUUCUUCUAUCAAAAUUACGUACUCUGCUCGUUCAUCUUCCUCAAAACUCUCUGGUGUUCCCUUGUUUUUUUUCUUUUCUAUCUUCUAGAGUCUAAUCGUGAUGGGGUUUCAAAGCAGUAGAGAAAGUGAAAUGUUGGGGUUGAAAGUGUUAUCUUCAAGACAUAAGCGUUCCAAGAGCUUUCCUGGUAAGCAAAGAGAUGAAGAAGAAAGUUUGGAUAACUCCCUUGAAGAAUUAAAUCAUAUAAAGCUGGAUAUGAGGCGCUUGAAGAACUCUGCCAAAACCCAGAAGAAGCAAUCUCCCACCCCAAGCUCCGAGGUCCGAAGCUCUUUGAAGCAAGAGAUUUUGCAGCUUGAGAAAAGAUUCCAAGAUCAGUUUGAGAUUCGCCGUGCUGUCGAAAAAGCAUUUGGUUAUAGAACCAAAUCCCAUGAAGGUACAAAUGAAACAUCAGUAUCCAUCGUAUCUAAGCCAGCUACGGAGCUAAUCAAGGAAAUUGCUGUUUUAGAAUUGGAAGUUGUAUGUUUGGAACAAUACCUCCUCCCCCUGUAUAGGAAAGCCUUUGAUCAAAAAGUGUCUUCAAUUUCACCAGCUAAAGGAGAUGAAAGGUUAAAAACAUCAGCAGAUACCCCAAGUAGAAGGUAUGAACUGUUAAAAACUCCAGUAGCUACCCCAAGUAAAAGGUAUUUGGAGUUUUCCGGACCUGAUGAUGCAUCAAAAGUUGAAAACUCGGCCGUGAGGACUGGUUACAGUGAGAAUUCAAGGAAUGAGCCUGUUGGCAUUGUAGGAGAAAAACUAUUAGAUUCUGGUGUUCUUCGCUGUCAUUCCUCACUAUCACAGCAUUCACUAUUUCCGAGUUGGGAAUCUCCUCCCCCUGGAAGGUUAAAAACACCGGUAGAUAUCCCAAGUGGGAGAUUCUUGGAGUUUUCUGGACCUUAUGAUGCAUCAAAAGUUGAAAAUUCAGCUGUACAGUCUGGUUACUGUGAGAAAUCAUGGAAGGAGACUAUUGACAUUGUAGGAGAAAAACUAUUAGAUUCCGGUGUUCAUCGUUGUCAUUCCACACUAUCACAACGUUCAGCAUUUCCAAGUUGGGCAUCUCCUCCAGAUGAGACUUUGGCUGAUAAAGCUGUACGUGCAUGUCAUUCACAACCUUUGUCCAUGCUGGAGUAUGCUCAGAAUGCAUCGAAUAUAAUCAGUCUAGCCGAGCAUCUUGGCACUCAAAUUUCCGAUCAUGUCCCAGACACACCAAACAAGCUUUCAGAGGAUAUGAUCAAGUGUAUGUCUGCUAUAUAUUGCAAGCUUUCAGACCCUCCUUUGAUUCAAAACAGCUGUUCAUCUCCCAAUUCAUCCAUGUCAUCAUCGGCCAGUGUCUUUUCCCUGCCGGAUCAGCAUGAGAUGUGGAGUCCAGGGUUCAGAAAUAAUUCAUCUUUUGAUGUACGGUUAGAAAACCCUUUCCACGUGGAAGGACUUAAAGAGUUUAGUGGACCAUAUAGCACAAUGCUAGAAGUGCCAUGGAUUUUCAGAGAUAGCCAGAAACUGGCUGAUGUCGAAAACUUACUACAUAAUUUCAGGUCUCUUAUUUGUCGAUUGGAAGAAGUCGAUCCAAGGAAGUUGAGACAUGAAGAGAAGUUGGCAUUCUGGAUAAACACACACAAUUCAUUAGUGAUGCAUGCUUUUUUGGCUUAUGGUAUUCCGCAAAAUAAUGUGAAAAGACUAUUUCUACUGUUGAGGGCUGCAUAUAACAUUGGGGGGCACACUGUCAGUGCGGAUACAAUACAGAGUUCCAUCCUUGGAUGUCGUAUGUCACGCCCCGGACAGUGGCUUCGAUUGUUAAUUUCUUCGAGGAAAAAGUUUAAAACUGGAGACAGAAGGCAGGCAUAUGCAAUUGAACAUCCAGAACCACUCUUACACUUUGCACUCUGUUUGGGAAACCAUUCCAAUCCUGCGGUUCGCGCCUACACGCCGAAUAAAGUAUUUCAAGAGCUGGAAACUGCUAAACAGGAGUACAUCAGAGCUACAUUUGGUGUCCGCAAAGACCUGAAAAUUGUGUUACCAAAGAUAGUAGAAUCAUUUGCAAAGGACUCGAGUCUAUGUCAAGUCGGUAUCGUCGAAAUGGUCCAACAAUCUUUGCCCGAAUCCCUCCGUAGGAGCAUUAGAAAGCGUCCGGUAAGCAAAUCCCGCAAGAGCAUAGAAUGGAUCCCUCACAAUUUCACCUUCAGGUAUCUAAUAUCUAAAGAAUUAGUAAGAUGAUUGCCCUGUAAGCAUCAAUGGCAGGAUGCAGUUUGCAAGCAUUUACCAUUUGGUAAGAUCUCACAUUUUCCUUGUUCAAAAUAGAAAUGGUAGGUGUAUGUUUUGUGAUG